GGCUGCAACACAAGACAACAAUUUUUGGUGUGUGAGGAUAAUAAAAGUCCCCAAAUUUAUUAUAUCUCUCCGUCUUGAUUUCUUUCUUUCUUUCUUUCUUUCUUUCUUUCUUCACAAUCACAAAUUACACAAACAAUGGAAGCUGCUGCCGCUGCUUCAUCAAUCAUUCAUGUUCCUGUUUCGCCUCCAUUAAACCUUAACUCUAACAAACCCAACAAUUCUCAUCGCUUCUUACCCUGCAACAACACCAUCAAGACUGUUACUUUACGCCGUUUUCAUACACACAGCCGCCGCUCCGCCGUUGCUCCGCCUCGUUACUUCACCUCUAAGAUUGCUGGGAAUAGAUGUGUUUUUCCAUUGGAUAAGCCAGUGAUUCAAAGGCCAUUGCUAGAUCAAUGUACACGCUUCUCUUGCUUUCAUCACGGGCGGAGAAAACGCUUUCCUAUAUGCAAAUCUACCCCAAGUGCCUUCUCUGACAAAUCCGUGUUUCAUCUGUCAAAGCAUGGAGUAGACAAUGUAUUUGGGAAACGGGUUCGAGUUCCAUGUGCAGCUGUGGGUCCCGACGAGCCACAUGCAGCAAGUACAGCCUGGCCAGAGGGUGUUUUGGAGCAGCAAUCUUCUGAUAAUUUUAUGGUUGACUCAGAAAACAGUGAGUGGCAAGAGUUACAAGGGUUUUUAAGUGCUCAACUUCCGUCCCACCCAAAGCUGUUUAGGGGACAACUAGAAAACGGUCUUCGUUACCUCAUCUUGCCCAAUAAAGUUCCACAAAACAGAUUUGAAGCGCACAUGGAGAUCCAUGCGGGGUCGAUUGACGAGGAAGACGAUGAGCAAGGCAUUGCACAUAUGAUUGAGCAUGUUGCGUUUCUUGGAAGUAAGAAGCGUGAAAAGCUUUUAAGAACCGGUGCACGCUCGAAUGCGUAUACGGAUUUUCAUCAUACGGUUUUUCAUAUCCAUUCACCAACUUCCAUGCAGGAUUCUGAUGAGGAUCUGCUUCCAUCUGUUUUGGAUGCUUUAAAUGAGAUAGCUUUUUACCCAAAGUUCCUCACUUCUCGGGUUGAGAAAGAAAGACGUGCCAUAUUAUCAGAGCUGCAAAUGAUGAACACUAUCGAGUACCGUGUUGAUUGCCAGUUAUUACAGCAUUUACAUUCCGAGAAUAAGCUGAGUAAAAGAUUUCCGAUUGGACUCGAAGAACAAAUUAAGAAGUGGGAUGCAGAAAAAAUUAGGAAAUUUCACGAACGAUGGUACUUCCCAGCAAACGCAACUCUGUAUAUCGUGGGAGAUAUCGAUAAUAUUCCAACGAUUGUUCACCACAUUCAAGCUGUUUUUGGACAGAAGCAAGUUGAGAACGAGGCUCCUGUAGCACCUAAAACUAGUGCAUUUGGUGCAAUGGCUAAUUUUCUUGUCCCUAAGUUCACAGGAGGGAUAUCUGCUGACUCAUCACAUGACAGAUCACUUUCGUCGAACCAAUCAAAGCUUGUUAAAAAAGAACGACACGCAAUUCGCCCUCCUGUUGAACAUAAUUGGUCCCUUCCUGGGGAACAUGAAAAUCUGAAGUCUCCCCAGAUAUUUCAGCACGAACUGCUCCAAAACUUUUCGGUCAACAUGUUCUGUAAGAUUCCUGUGAACAAGGUCCAAACGUAUGGUGACUUGCGUAAUGUUCUUAUGAAAAGAAUAUUCCUUUCGGCUUUGCAUUUUCGCAUCAACUCAAGAUAUAAGAGUUCUAGCCCUCCGUUUACGUCAAUCGAGUUGGAUCAUAGUGACUCAGGAAGAGAGGGAUGCACUGUCACUACUCUUACAGUAACUGCUGAACCUAAGAGCUGGCAAAGCGCAAUUAAAGUGGCUACACAAGAGGUUCGCAGGCUUAAGGAAUUUGGCGUUACCCAAGGAGAACUGGCACGUUAUCUUGAUGCGUUAUUAAAAGAUAGCGAACAGUUGGCUGCAAUGUGUGAUAAUAUAUCAUCAGUCGAUAAUUUGGAUUUCGUUAUGGAGAGUGAUGCACUUGGCCAUAUGGUUAUGGAUCAUAAACAAAGUUACGAAAGUUUGAUUAGCGUUGCUGGGACAAUCACUCUUGAAGAAGUGAACUUCGUUGGUGCACAAGUACUGGAGUACAUAUCAGAUUUCGGAAAAGAAUCUGCACCGGUACCUGCAGCUAUCGUUGCUUGUGUUCCAAGAAAAGUACAUGUUGACGGAGUAGGUGAAGUUGAUUUCAAGAUAUCCCCAAGUGAGAUAACUGCUGCAAUUGAAGAAGGUUUGAAGGAACCCAUAGAGCCCGAGGCUGAGUUUGAGGUACCAAAGGACUUAAUAACCUCAACAGAGGUGGAAGAUUUGAAGUUACAACUUCAACCGUCUUUUGUACCUGCGGGUUCAUCGUAUUCGAAUGCUCUUAGAUUUCAUGACAUAGAAACAGGAAUCACCCAGUGUCGUCUCUCAAAUGGGAUUGCUAUUAACUACAAGAUAUCCAAAACCGAAAAAUGUGGUGGGGUGAUGCGGCUUAUAGUUGGCGGUGGACGGGCGGCAGAAACACCAGAAACAAAGGGUGCGGUUGUUUUGGGUGUCAGAACUUUGAGUGAAGGGGGGCGUGUUGGUAAUUUUACAAGGGAACAGGUAGAGCUAUUCUGCGUGAAUCAUUUGAUCAACUGUUCACUAGAGUCGACAGAAGAAUUCCUAUGUAUGGAGUUUCGGUUUACGACACGAGAUAAUGGAAUGCGUGCUGCUUUUCAGCUGCUUCAUAUGGUUCUUGAGCAUAGCGUUUGGCUUGAAGAUGCAUUUGAUAGAGCAAGACAACUAUAUUUAUCAUAUUAUCGCUCUAUUCCAAAAAGCUUGGAGCGGUCAACCGCUCACAAGCUCAUGACAGCUAUGUUGGACCAAGACGAGCGGUUUGUGGAGCCCACACCACAUUCAUUACAAAACUUAACAUUACAGACCGUAAAAGAUGCAGUUAUGAAUCAGUUUGUCAGUGAUAACAUGGAGGUGAGCAUUGUCGGUGAUUUUUCAGAAGAGGACAUCGAGUCUUGUGUAAUGGAUUACCUAGGUACGGUUAGACCAACGAAAGGUGCUGACAAGGCUCUGAGUUACAACCCGAUCCUCUUUAGACCGUCACCUAAUGAUCUGCACUUUCAACAAGUGUUCCUGAAGGACACUGAUGAGAGAGCGUGUGCGUACAUUGCGGGCCCUGCACCUAAUCGCUGGGGAUAUAGAGUUGAUGGAACCGACUUUCUUGAGUCCGUAAGAAACAUGCCCGUCAAUAAAGAUGUACAUUCAGAUACCGGGGGACAAGUUAUGAAGGCAAAGAACGUCAAUUUCGACCUGCAAAGAAGAUCUAGGAAUCACCCACUAUUCUUUGCAAUUGCAGUUGGGUUGUUGGCAGAGAUAAUCAAUUCAAGGCUUUUCACUGAAGUCAGAGACUCGCAAGGAUUAACAUACGAUGUAUCUUUCGAGAUAAACCUAUUUGACAGAUUGAAUCUUGGUUGGUAUGUUAUCUCAGUAACAUCUACACCGAGCAAGGUACAUAGGGCUGUUGAUGCUUGCAAAAGUGUUCUAAGAGGCUUGCAUAGUAAAAAGAUAGCCGAACAUGAACUGGACCGGGCUAAACGAACCCUGUUGAUGAAACAUGAUGCUGAAAGUAAGUCAAAUGCAUACUGGCUCGGGUUGAUAGCCCAUUUGCAGGCUGCUUCUGUCCAUAGGAAGGAUAUCUCAUGCAUUAACGAUUUGACAAUGCUAUACGGAGCCGCCACUAUUGAAGAUGUUUACCUGGCAUAUGAACAGUUGAAAAUUGAUGAGCAAUCAUUGUACUGUUGCAUUGGCGUUGCCGGUGCUCAGGCUGGUGAUGAUGAAGUUUCAGGUUCUUUACAAGAAGAGGAAGAAUAUGGAGGUCUUCCUGGUGUUCUUCCUGUGGGUCGAGGGUCCCACACUAUGACUAUGCCAACGACAUAAUCAUUCUAGAUCACGAUAUUUUAUCUAGUGCCUGGAUGAAGACUGACAACGAGGUACAUAGUGGUGAUGAUUCAAAGGAGUUGAUUUACAGCAGGAUAAAUUAUAAACAGCAUAAGUGCAGGAAAUCACUGGCUCUUGUAAUGCAAUAAAUUUGUGUAUUCAAGCGGAGUCAUAUCGAGCGAGGGAUGUACAUGUUAUAUUAUAAAGAUAUUACCAAUAUUUGUUUUAACUCAUUCGUGUUUUUUUUGUUAGGUAUUUUAAUAAUUGCAUGGUAAUGUAGAUAUUCAUUUGAUACUUUAGUAAGUAUAACCAUAAACCCUUGGGAUAUGAUGCAUUGCUUCAUUGUU